GAGCGGCUCUUUGCUUGCGGCCACACCAUUCCCUCCUCGGUUGGAGAUUAAGCGUUCUUGUAGCGGGUAUUUUCAGUGUAUAGAUCGGAUAUUCCUGACCGAACGUUGAAAGCAAAUAGAGUUACCGCAACUGGGUCACAUCCCCUUUUAUUUCUCUAUCUAUAGCUAAUAGCUUGACUACCAUAGACUAUGGUAGAUUAUCACGCUUCUAAUAGUCAAGCAUCGUCUGGAGGUCCAGCCAUUUACAUGGACCCAAGAGAACAAGAAAAUGACUGGGACCGGGACCUGCUGCUGGACCCGGCCUGGGAGAAACAGCAGAGAAAGACGUUCACGGCCUGGUGCAACUCCCACCUGAGGAAAGCAGGCACGCAGAUCGAGAACAUCGAGGAGGACUUCAGGGAUGGCCUCAAACUCAUGCUCCUGCUGGAGGUCAUCUCAGGGGAACGGUUACCUAAGCCCGAGAGAGGCAAGAUGAGGGUCCACAAGAUCAACAACGUUAACAAAGCUCUGGACUACAUCGCCGGCAAAGGAGUUAAGCUGGUGUCCAUUGGCGCGGAGGAAAUUGUGGAUGGCAACGCCAAGAUGACCCUGGGCAUGAUCUGGACAAUAAUCCUCCGUUUCGCCAUCCAGGACAUCUCUGUGGAAGAGACCUCUGCCAAGGAGGGCCUGCUCUUGUGGUGCCAGAGGAAGACCGCGCCCUACAAAAACGUCAACGUGCAGAACUUCCACAUCAGCUGGAAGGAUGGCCUUGCCUUCAACGCUCUGAUCCACAGACACAGGCCAGAGCUCAUUGACUACGACAAGCUAAGGAAGGAUGACCCCUUGACCAACCUGAACAAUGCCUUUGAGGUGGCUGAGAAGUACCUGGACAUCCCCAAGAUGAUGGACGCUGAAGACAUCGUGGGCACGCUGAGGCCCGACGAGAAGGCCAUCAUGACCUAUGUCUCCUGCUUCUAUCACGCCUUCUCUGGCGCCCAGAAGGCUGAGACUGCAGCCAAUAGGAUCUGCAAGGUGCUGGCUGUCAACCAGGAGAAUGAGCACCUCAUGGAGGACUACGAGAAGCUGGCCAGUGACCUGUUGGACUGGAUCCGCCGGACCAUCCCGUGGCUGGAGAACCGGGCUCCAGAGAAGACCAUGGCCGAGAUGCAGCAGAAGCUGGAGGACUUCCGGGGCUACCGCCGCGUCCACAAGCCCCCCAAGGUGCAGGAGAAGUGUCAGCUGGAGAUCAACUUCAACACCCUGCAGACCAAGCUGAGGCUGAGCAACAGGCCAGCCUUCAUGCCCUCUGAAGGACGCAUGGUGUCGGACAUCAACGGGUCGUGGCACAACCUGGAGGGGGCGGAGAAGGGCUACGAGGAGUGGAUGCUCAACGAGAUCCGUCGCCUGGAGAGACUGGACCACCUGGCUGAGAAGUUCCGUCAGAAAGCCACCAUCCACGAGUCCUGGACCGAUGGUAAGGAGGCCAUGCUGACCCAGAAGGACUAUGAGACAGCCAGCCUGUCGGAGGUCAAGGCUCUGCUGAGGAAACACGAGGCGUUUGAGUCUGACUUGGCUGCCCACCAGGACCGCGUGGAGCAGAUCGCCGCCAUCGCACAGGAACUCAAUGAGCUGGACUACUACGACUCCCCCAGUGUGAACGCCCGCUGUCAGAAGAUCUGUGAGCAGUGGGAUGCCCUGGGGUCUCUCACCCAGAGCCGCAGGGAGUCUCUGGAGAGGACAGAGAAGCAGCUGGAGUCCAUUGACGAGCUGUACCUGGAGUACGCCAAGAGGGCGGCACCCUUCAACAACUGGAUGGAAGGGGCCAUGGAGGACCUGCAGGACAUGUUCAUCGUUCACAACAUCGAAGAGAUCCAGGGCCUAAUCACAGCCCAUGAGCAGUUUAAGUCCACCCUCCCAGAGGCCAACAAGGAGCGGGAGGCCAUCCAGGCCAUUCAGGCGGAGGUGCAGAAGAUUGCCCAGUACAACGGCAUCAAGCUGAGCGGGGGCAACCCCUACACCACCAUCACACCCAAGACUAUCGACAACAAGUGGGACAAGGUGGAACAGCUGGUUCCCCAGCGUGACCAGGCUCUGCAGGAGGAGCUGGCCAAGCAGCAGUCCAAUGACCACCUGCGCCGCAAGUUUGCCACCCAGGCCAACAUCGUCGGGCCCUGGAUACAGACCAAAAUGGAGGAGAUUGGGCGGAUAUCCAUUGAGAUGAAUGGAACUCUGGAGGACCAGCUGGUGAACCUGAGAGAGUAUGAGCAGAGCAUCAUAGAGUACAAGCCCAACAUCGACCAGCUGGAGGGAGACCAUCAGCUCAUCCAGGAGGCUCUCAUCUUCGACAACAAAUACACCGCCUACACCAUGGAGCAUCUGCGGGUGGGCUGGGAGCAGCUCCUCACCACCAUCGCCCGCACCAUCAACGAGAUCGAGAACCAGAUCCUGACACGUGACGCCAAGGGCAUCAGCCAGGAGCAGCUGCAUGAGUACCGCACUUCCUUCAACCACUUUGACAAGGACCACAGCGGGGGCCUGAUGGCUGAGGAGUUCAAGGCGUGUCUGAUCAGCCUGGGCUACGAUGUGGAGAAUAACAAAACGGGCGAUGCGGAGUUUGCCCGCAUCAUGGGCAUAGUGGACCCCAACAACAGCGGCGUGGUCACCUUCCAGGCCUUCAUAGACUUCAUGUCCCGGGAGACCACGGACACCGACACAGCUGACCAGGUCAUCGCCUCCUUCAAGAUCCUGGCUGCAGACAAGAACUUCAUUAUGGCUGAGGAGCUGAGACGUGAGCUGCCUCCAGACCAGGCGGAGUACUGCAUCGCCCGCAUGGCGCCCUACUCGGGCCCCGACGCGAAGCCCGGAGCCCUCGACUACAUGUCCUUCUCCACCGCCCUCUACGGGGAGAGUGACCUCUAAGAGCACACCACAGGAGGGGGAGGGGGACGGGAUGAGGUUUGGGGGGGGGUACGUAGAGGCUUGCCAGGCCCAAUGCAGAGCAGACACUCUCUACCCCUCUAGGUCUAGCCUGCAGUCACUGGGAGAAGAGGGGAGUGAGUCUGAAGCCAGUGGUUUGAUUGGCUCUGUAGAAGAGGGAGGGGCUGCAGGUGGAGGGUCCUGAUUAGUGGACAGCGCUACUGCUCCCUCUAGAUUCUGGUCCCGCAGUGCCCCUGAGUGUGCAGGUUUUCAUCUGGUUGGCUGUCGCAAGCUGUUAUCCUCAACUUUGUUCACAGAUCAACUACAAUCAAAUGCACAUCAUGUUAUGGGGUGAAAACUAGCAACCACAGGUGCACUUCUGGGUCAGGACAGGUUGGGAACCCAAGUCCCACCUUCACCCUCUGCCUUGGAGAUGGGGGGGGGGGGCAUGAGCUAUUCUGAUUCUUAUACUACUUUUUUUGUUUAUUUUAUUUUAUCUUGCUGGGGGGUGGGGUGGGUGGAGAGUUUGUGUAUUAGAACACAGAGAUAUAUGAAGGGGAGCGGGGCAGGGGGUUGAACAGAAAAUAAUGACGUACCCGUACCACAUUUUGCUGGAUAAGUGGAACUCGGAUAUCUAACCUCAAUGCGUUCCUUUUCCUGUUUCUUUCUUUCUUUCUUUUCUCCAGCAAAUGUGAGUAAGUGGUUUCAGUGCUGUACAUACUUAUUUUUCCAGUACGCAACAGUCAGAAUAUUCUUCGCAGGCUUGUAGGGCAAAAAAAAAAGUGGCAUUUUUUUAAAGCAAAACAACAAA